GGGCCGGCCAGGGCGGCCAUGGCGACCAGGAAGGCGGGCUCGCGGCUGGAGACGGAGAUCGAGCGCUGCCGCACCGAGUGCCAGUGGGAGCGGAUCCCCGAGCUCGUCAAGCAGCUGUCGGCCAAGCUCAUCGCCAACGAUGAUAUGGCUGAACUUCUCCUGGGGGAGUCGAAGCUGGAGCAGCACUUGAAGGAGAAGCCCCUGCGGCAGGGAGCCAGUCCCCGGGGCCCCAGACCCCAGCUGACUGAAGUGCGCAAGCAUCUGACCGCUGCCCUGGACCGAGGGAACCUCAAGUCAGAAUUCCUACAAGAGUCCAAUCUGAUCAUGGCCAAGUUGAAUUAUGUGGAAGGAGAUUAUAAAGAAGCCCUGAAUAUCUAUGCCCGAGUGGGCCUCGAUGACUUGCCACUGACCGCUGUACCUCCCUACAGGUUGCGGAUGAUCGCGGAGGCCUAUGCUACCAAAGGACUUUGUUUAGAGAAGCUGCCUGUCUCAUCCUCUACCAGUAAUCUCCAUGUGGACCGGGAACAGGAUGUCAUCACCUGCUAUGAGAAAGCUGGGGACAUCGCACUCCUAUACCUCCAGGAGAUAGAAAGGGUAAUACUAACUAAUAUUCAGAACAGAAGCCCUAAGCCUGGCCCUGCUCCCCACGAUCAAGAACUAGGUUUUUUCCUAGAAACAGGACUUCAGAGAGCCCAUGUCCUCUAUUUCAAAAAUGGGAACUUGACGAGAGGAGUCGGGAGAUUUCGGGAGCUUCUCAGAGCAGUGGAAACGAGAACGACACAGAACCUGCGAAUGACAAUAGCCAGGCAGUUGGCAGAAAUCUUGUUACGGGGCAUGUGUGAGCAGAGCUACUGGAACCCCCUGGAGGAUCCUCCCGGCCAGUCACCGCUGGAUGACCCUCUCCGGAAAGGAGCAAACACCAAAACCUACACACUCCCUCGCAGGGCCCGUGUCUACUCAGGAGAGAACAUUUUUUGUCCUCAAGAAAAUACUGAAGAGGCGCUGCUGUUACUGCUCAUUAGUGAAUCUAUGGCCAACCGAGAUGCUGUGCUGAGCAGGAUUCCUGAGCACAAGAGUGACCGCCUCAUCAGCCUGCAAAGCGCGUCUGUGGUCUAUGAUUUACUGACCAUUGCUCUCGGAAGAAGAGGCCAGUAUGAGAUGCUGUCAGAGUGGCAUGUGUCCUUGGACUAG